AGCGGCUGCUGACGCGUCGUAGAAGGAAUAUAUCGCCUCACCAAUUUUUCUUCUGCCACGUUUCCGUCUUUGUUUGCCUGUUUGUGAUCGAUUCCAGUCUACUGAAAGGAGCAGGAUGUCGCUUUCUGCAAUGCUAAAAGAACACCAACAAAAGCAGAUAUUACGAAAGGAAGAACAGGAGAAGCUGAAGAACGAAGCUAUAGUAGCAGCACACAACUUAUCAGCAGCGGUGGUCGACCACCUAAAUCUUAGGGUAUCUCAAGCUUACGGCAACCAGAAACGCCUUGAUGUGGAAGCUAAACGAUUCGAGAAUAAUGCUGCAGCGCUUGCCAAACAAUCGGAACAAUGGCUGGCUAUAACAGAAUCGCUCAAUCACGCCCUCAAAGAGAUUGGAGACGUCGAAAACUGGGCCAAAGCCAUUCAGAAUGACAUGACUAUUAUCUCAACAACUUUGCAACGACUUUACCAGGAGACGAGUAGGACAACAACAAGCAGUGGAGUGAGCGAAUCUCGUUAACAAGAAUCGAAGAGAUAUUAAUGAAGUGAUUACAUUCAGAGUUUCUCCAUUUCUUCCGUAAGCUUUUCGAUCUCGCUUUCGUAUUCUGCUUUCCGAUUGACUUUUGCAACUUGGUUGGGAAGUGGAAUGAUUUCACCGCUGUUGAUUCUUUCCUAAACAUCGGCAUUGAAUCAGGGCAAAUUGCAGUUAAUUUUCUCAGUCGAAGAUUAGGUUUUGCUAUCAAAUUAUUUUGAUGAAAACUCACCUCCAAUUUAGCUAUUUCAGUCAAUUUUAAUUUGACUUUGUCUAUCUUCUUUUGUAUAUGUUCCUGUGGUGUGAUAGCCGCAUUUGGUUUGAAUACAGC